AUGGCGUCGAGGCCGGGAUUUCUUACAGAAUGGCCAUGGAGUCCCCUCGGUGGCUUCAAGUACCUCUUGGUAGCCCCGUUUGCUCUGGCAAGCAUGCAUUCGUACAUCACAGCGGAGGAGGAGGAGAAGGACCUUGGGCGCAUGCUGAUAGUGGCACUGAUGCUGUGGAGAAUGGUUCACUGUCAGAUAUGGAUCAGCGUGUCGCGUCAGAAGACUGCCAAGGGGAGGAAUAAGAUCGUGGACAAGCCCAUUGAGUUUGAGCAAGUGGACCGAGAACGCUCUUGGGAUGACCAAAUCAUCUUCAACACUCUCUUGAUGUAUCUCCUCAACAACAAACUCCCAGGCUCCUCCCGCCUCCCCCUAUGGAGACUAGACGGAGCCAUCCUUAUCGCUCUACUUCACGCUGGUCCCGUCGAGUUCUUAUACUACUGGUUUCAUAGAGCUCUCCACCACCACUUCCUCUACUCCCGCUACCAUUCUCACCACCAUUCAUCCAUCGUCACCGAGCCCAUCACGUCUGUGGUGCACCCCUUCGCCGAGCACAUCGCCUACACGUUACUCUUCUCCAUACCAAUAGUAACGGCGUCCCUUUGUGGGAUCCUCUCCAUUGUUUCCGUCAUUGCAUACUUGACAUACAUUGACUUCAUGAACAACUAUGGACACUGCAACUUCGAGUGUUUCCCUAAACGUCUCUUCCACCUCUUCCCUCCCCUCAAGUUCCUCUGCUACACCUCCUCGUUCCACUCGCUCCACCAUACUCAGUUCAGGACCAACUACUCUCUGUUCAUGCCCAUCUACGACUACAUCUACAAGACGGCCGACAAGUGCAGCGAUUCCCUAUACGAAAAUUCGUUGGAGAGAGAGGAGGAAUCACCCGACGUCAUCCACCUCACUCACCUCACCACACUCGACUCCAUCUACCAAAUGCGUCUUGGCUUCCCAUCUUUCUCCUCUCACCCCCUGUGGUCUCGAUCCCCAUGGUACCUCACAUACUCCAUGUGGCCCUUCACCCUCCUCGUCUCCUUCGUCCUCAGCUCCGCUCUCUCCUCAUGCACCUUUGUCUUUGAGCGAAACCGUCUCCGCAACCUCACCCUUCACUCUCACCUCCUUCCCAAGUUUGGCUUUCACUAUAAAUCACAGCGCCACCAUAAGUCCAUAAACGAUAUCAUUGAGGUAUCUAUCAUAGAAGCAGAUGAAAAGGGUGUGAAAGUAAUGAGUCUUGGCCUGAUGAACACUACGGAGGAGCUAAACGGGUACGGAGAAUUGUAUGUGCAAAAACAUCCAAAGUUGAAGAUAAGGCUAGUGGAUGGAACCAGCAUGGCAGCUGCGGUGGUGGUUAAUAGUAUUCCAGAGGGGACUAAGGAAGUUGUCUUUAGAGGCAAUCUUACUAAGGUUGCAUCAGCCGUUGUCUUUUCUUUAUCUCAAAAAGGCGUCAAGGUAGUAAUGUUACACGAGGAGGAAUACAACAAACUCAUCAAAUCUGGGGCCGAUAAGAAUCUAGUAUUGUCAACAAGCAAUAAUAACUGUUACUCCUCAACGGUGUGGUUGGUGGGGGAUGGACUAGGGAAAGAAGAGCAGAUGAAGGCAAAAGAAGGAACCCUCUUCAUUCCCUUUUCUCAAUUCCCACCCGAAAAACUCCGCAAGGACUGUUUCUACCACUCCACUCCAGCAAUGCUUGUUCCUAAGUCUGCCCAAAACAUCGACUCGUGUGAGAAUUGGCUGGGAAGGAGGGUGAUGAGUGCAUGGAGAAUAGGAGGCAUAGUGCAUGCACUUGAAGGUUGGGAGGAGCAUGACUGCGGCAACACUUGCAACUUCUUCCGUCUCCAUGCUAUAUGGGAAGCUGCUCUCCGCCAUGAAUUCCAGCCUCUCCUUCUCCCACCAUCACACCUCUGAUCUUUUCAUAUUUCAUAUAUCUCCCUCUCUCUCUAUAUACUUACUAUCUACUUCCCAUACAACUUUGUUUGCAGUUUAUCAUAUUUU